AUGCACGUCCGAGCGGAAGGCAUAGGAAACGAUGGCUACAGAGCUCUCCGAAAGCACAACAGUCUCCUAGCAGCUGCACGCGGAGGCCGAAAAGAAGAAACCGAGCGCCUGCUGAACGAAGGGGCAGAUUUGAACUAUAGGGACAUUUCCUGGGGACGGUCUCCUCUUUCCCUAGCCGCCGAAUAUGGCCACCACGAGAUCGUUCGACUUAUUUUGGCAAGGGGAGUAAAUCCAAACUCUCAAGAUAUCUGCGGCACCGAGCCGAGCCAGGAUAACAGUGGGCGAACACCGUUGAUUUGGGCAGCCAUUCGCGGCCGCAAAGAGUCGGGCAAAGUUCUGCUAGAUCACGGCGCAGAUCCAACCCUCGGCGAGCGAGAUGGCCGUACACCGCUGUCCUGGGCUGCAGAGUAUGGGCGGCAGGACAUCGUUAAGCUAUUACUCGAGAAGGGCGUAGCGGUCGACACUCCAGACUGCUUUCGCCGACAAACUCCUCUUUCGUGGGCUGCUAUGAACGGGCAUAUGUUCAUCGUGAUGUUGCUGGUGGAACACGGUGCGAAUCCGAACCUGACAGACAAGAACAAACGGUCAGCACUGUCAUGGGCAGCUGCAACGGGCCAAACAACGAUCGUGCAGCUUCUGCUCAGCCAGAAAGACGCAGAUAUCAAUCAGCAAGGUGGUGCCGGGAGGACGCCGCUUAGCUGGGCUGCUGCAAAUGGUCACAGAAGCGUUGCUGAGUUGUUGCUUGAGAACGGAGCGGAUGCGAACCUGGCGGAUUACAAAGGUCGAAGUCCGCUGUCGUGGGCGGCAGAGCGUCGUCAGCAUAACUUGGUUGACCUGCUACUCAAGAAUGGGGCUGGCAUUGCGGCGAAGAGUCAAUGA